CAUUUUCUUGUAAUCUCCGUGAGAUUCUGAGUACUCCGAAUUACAUGCAAAGCUACAAUUGUGAUGGCAUUGAGUGAGGUUAAGGCUGAAUUUCAACAUGACUUAUCUGAAUCUGAUUUGAACAAUCCUGCAAAAAACGUGGAAGCUGGAGAAGAACUGCUGGUGGAUGAUGAUGGCAAACUCAAAAGAACUGUAUGGACUGCCAGUGCCCAUAUAAUCACAACAUCAAUAGGUGCAGGGGUGCUAUCUCUAGCCUGGGCAAUGGCCCAACUCGGAUGGCUUGCCCGGGUUUUUAUUCUCUUGUUCUGCACCUUCACUGCUGGCUACGCUUCCACUCUCUUAGCAGAUUGUUACAGAUAUCCAGACCCAGUUUCAAGCAAGAGAAACUGCUCUUAUAUGGAGACUGUCAAAGUCUAUUUAGGUGGAACAAUGCACAUGAUUUGUGGAUGGAUUUUAUAUUUAGACCUUGCUGCCAUUGGAGUUGGCUUCACUAUAACCACUGCAAAUAGCUUGGUGGCUAUACAGAAGUCCAAUUGUCAUCGCAAAAAUGGUGAAGAUUCUCCAUGCAUGUUUUCCUAUAUUCCACACAUGGUUGGAUUUGGGCUUGUUGAAAUUCUAUCACAACUCGAAAACUUUCACAAAUUGACUUGGCUCUCUAAGCUUGCAGCUAUUAUGUCAUUUGUCUAUGCAACUAUUGGAAUUGGACUUUCUCUUGCUAAGAUCAUAUCAGAUCGACACGUGUAUGCAGUGGGACAGAGGCCAAAGCAUGAAAAGCAGGAGAUAAUAACUCAGCCUGGUUGCAUCGACCUCCGCCUCUCCUCAUCGUCUCCUACCCAUCUCCUCUGCCAAAUCUCUCAAACCCGAAUCACCGCCUUCCCUUCCUCCACCCGCUACGACCUCAUCUGCGGUGUCCCCAUCUUCCAAAUUGCUGAACCUAAAGCAAAACUCCAGGAUUUCAAGCCCGGCCAGGUCUACCUCAUCAUCAAGGAACUCGUCACCAGCAGCGCUUCCAUUCUCGAGACCUUCGUGCCGCUCAGAGUCGUCUGGUUGAAGGCCAGUGACGCCGUCGUUUCGAUCGGCCGGGCUAAGGAGUUAUUAUCUCCUGCUCUUAAUUGCUUUGGCCUCAAUUCCCACUUCAUACACGAAAAAAUUUGGAUGAUGCCUAUAGCAGUGGGAGAUAUUGCAUUUGCUUGCUCGUAUGCUCUUGUCCUGUUUGAGAUUCAAGACACACUGAAGUCAUCGCCACCAGAAAACAAAGUGAUGAAGAGGGCUGUUGUGAUAGGGGGUUCUACUAUGACAUUAUUCUUCAUGAUGUAUGCUAGCUUGGGUUAUGCUGCCUUCGGCAACAAGACACCAGAAAACCUGCUUGCUGGUUUUGGAGAUGAUCGAAUGCCCUGGGCAUUCUGGCUUCUUGAUUUGUCUAAUUUUUGUAUUGUGUUGCACAUAGUUGGUGCAUUUCAGGUACUAUGCCAACCAGUGUUUGGCAUUGUUGAACUGUUGGCUAGUAGAAGGUGGCCAAAGUCCAAUUUCAUUAACAAAGAGAACCAAGUCAGACUAGGGUACAUGAAGUUCGAUAUAAACAUGUUUAGGCUGACAUGGAGAACAACCUUUGUGGUGUUGGCGACUUUCAUUGACAUGGCAAUGCCAUUCUUCACAGACAUGCUUGCGCUUCUUGGAGCUAUCGGGUACUGGCCUCUUAUAGUUUAUGUCCCAAUAGAGAUGCAUGUUGUGCAAAACAAGAUUCAGAAACAAACCCUUCGCUGGUUCGGGCUCCAACUCCUGAGCUUUUUGUGCUUGCUUCUUUCCUUGGCCGCAGCAUCUGGCUCCACUUAUGGUCUGCAUAAGGGUCUCGGUGCGUACAAGCUCUUCAAAGUUAAAGAGUGA